UUAAGCACAUAGCAGCAUCAACGAUUGGCGAGUUUCUCUGUAUCUUGAAGCAACAUAUAUAUAUAAAAGAAAGUCAUAGUUUUGAAAACUGCUCUUUGUAGUAUGAAGGCUAUGAAAUGGGUUCCUGAUAGGGUUCUCAUAGUUUUUGUUCUUCUUCUUCUUUCACUUUAUGUUACAUCUUCUCAUCAUCAGAACACAGAUCAGAAAACAGUGUCAUCAGAAAUCCAUGUCACGAAAAGGGUUCAGACUAAUGAUCAGGAUGCUAAAGUUUUUUACAAACACACUUGGCCGAGGAUGAAAUUUGGGUGGAAAAUAAUAGUGGGAAGCAUAAUUGGAUUCCUAGGAUCAGCAUUUGGGACUGUGGGAGGUGUUGGAGGGGGUGGCAUCUUUGUACCCAUGCUUACCCUAAUUGUUGGAUUUGAUGCAAAAUCAGCAACAGCAAUAUCAAAAUGCAUGAUUACGGGUGGAGCAGCAGCAACUGUUUUCUACAAUCUGAAGCAAAGGCAUCCAACUCUUGACAUGCCUGUGAUCGACUAUGACCUAGCACUUCUUUUUCAACCAAUGUUGAUGCUUGGAAUCAGUGUUGGUGUUGCUUUCAAUGUCAUUUUUCCUGACUGGUUGAUCACAGCUUUGUUAAUUGUAGUUUUCAUUGGCCUUUCUGUCAAUGCAUUCCUUAAGGGUGUUCAAACAUGGAAAAAAGAAACCAUUCUUAAGAAGGAAGCCAGACAGAAUGUAAGGUUAAAUGUUUUAUCAGAUACUGCUGGAACCAGUAAUGCUGAUCAUCCUCAGACAGAAAGUCAUAUAAAUACCAAUCAAACGAGGAGAAAAGUUUCUGUUAUGGAAAACGUUUGUUGGAAGGAACUUGGAAUUCUUGUAUCUGUGUGGAUCUUGAUACUGGCAUUGCAGAUAGGAAAGAAUUAUACAAGAAAUUGCUCAGCGCUGUAUUGGGUAUUGAAUCUCCUGCAGGUCCCGGUGACUGUGGGAACAAGUUUGUACGAGGCGGUGCUUCUGCAGAAAGGGAAGAGAGUGAUAGCAUCAAAGGGUGAUGAACAGAGACGUUUGCAUGUAUGGAAGUUAAUGGUUUAUUGUACGUGUGGGUUGAUGGCUGGCAUAAUUGGUGGCUUGCUUGGUCUUGGUGGAGGAUUCAUCUUGGGGCCACUUUUCAUUGGCCUAGGAAUUCCUCCUCAGGUCUCGAGUGCUACGUCCACUUUUGCCAUGACGUUUUCUGCUUCCAUGUCUGUGGUGGAAUAUUACCUUCUCAAACGCUUCCCUGUUCCUUAUGCACUUUACUUUGUAGCAGUAGCCACUGCUGCUGCACUGGUUGGGCAGCAUUUGGUGAGAAAGGUGAUUGCUAUACUGGGGAGAACGUCUCUGAUAAUUUUCAUCCUUGCACUCACGGUUUUUGUGAGUGGAAUAUCACUAGGAGGAGUAGGCAUAGCAAACCUGAUUAAAAGGAUUGAAAAGAAGGAGAACAUGGGUUUUGGAGAUCUUUGCUCUUACAGGGUUAGAAGUUAAAGAUAGAAAAAUGGGAGGAAGCUCUUCUCAAUGUUAUCCUUUUAUGGAUUGCUUUUAAGAAUAGAACUAUUUAAUUUAAAGCUACAUCAGAAUUUGAAUAGAAUAUGUACUUAAUGUUUGUGUAAAACGUUUUCAGUAUUGACAGAAUAAGUUGUUUCUUUUUCUGC